AUGAAUUCUCUCGAGGCAUCGCUCGUCCCUCUCGUUUCCCCUGCAACUGAUGUCCCUCGCCUUUUAGGGCUGGAUAGACGGAAGAGAUUCGCAUGUCGAGCUCAAGUUCCGAAGGCUUCAUCAUGCCUGGUGUCGGACGCACAGCAGAACGCGGUAGCAUCGUCGGAGCCAGCGUCGAGGAAAGUGAUGGAGUUGGAAAAGAAUGUGUUCGUGGGUACCUAUGCCCGAGCUCCGGUGGUGAUCCAGAGUGGCAAGGGAUGCGAACUCUACGAUGUGGACGGGAAGGAGUACCCGGACAUGACGGCCGGGAUUGCGGUGUAUUCCCUCGGGCAUGGUGAUCCGGAUUGGGUGAAUGCGAUGAUCGGACAGGCUCACACGCUUACCCAUGUCGGCAACGUCUACUACUCAAUCCCUCAGGUAAGGCUGGAAUUUUGUUAG